AUGAUAAACUUGAAUGGAUCACAUACCAGUCGCCCAGUUUUCAUUCUGACAGGCAUCCCCGGGAUGCCAGACAAGAACCCGUGGAUGGCCUUUCCCCUGGGAUUUCUCUACACACUAACCCUCCUGGGAAAUGGCACCAUCCUGGCAGUUGUCAAGGUAGAGCAGAGUCUCCAUGAGCCUAUGUACUACUUCCUCUGCAUCUUGGCGAUGACUGACGUUAGUCUCUCCAUGUCAACCUUGCCCUCUAUGCUAAGUAUCUUCUGGUCCAAUGCCCUGAGAUUCCACAGAUUUGUGGCUAUCCGAGACCCUCUGCAUUAUGCCUCCAUCCUCACUCAUGGCCUCAUUGGGAAGACUGGACUGGUUGUUUUUGCCCGGGCAGUCUGCGUGGUCUUCCCUGUGCCCUUUCUUAUAAAGCGGCUGCCCUUCUGCCCUUCUGUCGUUCCAAUGUUCCAAUGUUUGCCUCAUUCAUAUUGUCUUCACCAAGAUGCAAUGAGACUAGCCUGUGCCCGCACCCGAGUCAACAGCCUCUACGGCCUCAUCGCUGUCAUCCUCACAUUAGGGCUCGAUGCUCUCAUCAUCCUCUUCUCUUACGUACUCAUCCUGAAGACAGUGCUGGGCAUUGCUUCCAGAGCCGAGAGGCUCAAAGCCCUCAACACCUGCCUCUCUCACGUCUGUGCAGUGCUUCUCUUUUAUGUCCCUCUCAUUGGUGCCACCAUGAUCCACAGAUUUGGGAAACACUUAUCACCAAUUGUGCACAUGCUCAUGGCUAAUGUCUACCUUCUCCUUCCCCCUGUGCUAAACCCCAUUGUCUACAGUGUGAAGACCAAGCAGAUACGCAGACGGAUCAGCCAAGUGUUCCAGCGGAGAAAGAGCAGAGCUUAG